AUGAUGAUGAUGCGCCGUGUGAUGUGUGUGUUGGCCGUUGUGCUGUGCUGUGCCUGCGGGUAUACCAUGGCGGCUGCCACUGGUGUUGUGGCAACCAAUCAGGGGACGAAGGUGGACGAAUCUGAAUAUGAAGUUUCAUUGGGUCAUUUGGGAGAUUUCCCUGGUACCUUAAAGAGUGACAGAGAUGAGGCUGCUCGGAUUAGGAAUGGGCGACGUUCUGAGGGAAGUGUUCCAGGAGAAAGUGAAUCACCAGUCGGUGGACAAAGUAAAAAUGCUGCUCUUGGUGCCCCUGGUCCAAAGGCUCUUGAAUCUCCUCUUGAAGGUAAAGAAAACCCAGAAGGCCCUGAAAGCAAAGGUGGUCCUGAAGCUGAAACUGCUAUGGCUACUACUUUUGGUGCUCCUACUACUGUUCCUGAGGUUGGUGGUGGGACACCUGCAAAUGGCACUGAGGCUGAAAGACAGAAUCGAGGAACAGGAAGUGUUACCAGCUCGCAAAGGAAACCUCAAGGGUCUACUGUAGCAUCACAAAGUAACGAAGAAGCGUCGAGUAACACAGGGGAUAACACUACACCUGGCGACUCAAAUACUACACAGCAAUCGUCUACUCCAGUUGUUGAUGUGACUGCCGCACCAGACCCAGAGGAACCCAAUUCAACUAUUCCGCCGAGCCCCGAGAACACUACCACAGAAGCACCAACCACCACUCCAUCUCUUGUUCCCGUGACCGACCCACAAAUCAACAACAUCACUUCCACUGUACAGACGAAGGCUAGUGCAGACAGCAGUGUCAGUUCUGUGUGGAUGUCUACUGCAGCACCGCUGGUGAUUGUGGUUGUGUUGUUCACUGCUACCGUGUACUAA